UCGCAAGCUUGGAUUCCUCUUCAAUUGUUUUCACAACUGCAAUUGCUUCAGUACUUCUUUCAAUAGCGCUUUGCCUCAUAUCUGGCAGCUAGCUCUGGUCUAUACCUAUACCAGCUACCAAAUUUUUAUUCGGUUAUUACUUAGCGCCCAGUCUUUCUGCCACUCUCGUCUUGCGCAUCAAAGAGCUUGUACCCCGCCACCUCAAAAAGCCCCCUGCAAGUCUCUGGCUCAGGCGCAAUUGGGCGAGCCUUUCUACCGAUUACUCACAACUCAUUGUCAUCCGACCAGGUUACUCUAGCCACGAUGAGUGAGCAAGAAACAAAGAUUGACGCUGCGGUGGUGACAGAGCCCACUGUCGCUUCUGAAGUUGAGAAGCCUCAGGAGGAUACUAAGGUGGAAGACGCCCCUCCUGCGCCCAGCGGUGAGACUGCAGAGCAGUCCGAGCAAGCCCCUUCAGAGGAAACCCAGGAGAAACCAGAGGCCGAGACAGCAGAGACUGUCGAGAAUACCGAGAGCGCGACAACAGAGAGCUCUGGCAAUAUCCUCAAGACCACCGCCAAGCACGCUCAGGAUGGUUCCAAAAACACCAAAUUUGACCCGUCGGUGCUGCCCGAGUCAAACGACCCAAAUGAAAUCCGCAAGCAGGUUGAGUUCUACUUUAGCGAUAGCAAUCUUUCGCAAGACAAGUUCCUCUGGACGCAGGUCGGUGGUACCGAGAACAAGCCUAUCAAGCUUAGUGUCAUCCACAGCUUUGGGCGCAUGCGGCGGUUCAAGCCCUAUGAAGCUGUCGUGGAAGCUCUCCGCGAGAGCAAGGUGCUCGAUGUCGCCGGCGAAGCAGGCGAGGAGACGAUCGUCCGUAAGAAUGCUUACGACCCGGCUCGUGGCAACAAGUCUAUGGUAUCGAGUGUCUACGUGAAGGGGUUCGGAGACGAGGAGCCUGACACACAGAUCAAGCUCGAGAAGUUCUUUGGCGAUUUCGGUUUCGACAUCUCAUCCGUUCGUCUGCGACGUACCGACAAGAAACUCUUCAAAGGCUCAGUCUUUGUCGAGUUCGCCAACCCUGAAGAUGCCAAAAAGUUUUUGGAGCUCGACCCCAAGCCCAAAUGGCAAGAUCACGACCUGAAGAUCAUGUCCAAGAUCGCCUACUGUGAAGAGAAGAAUGAGCAGAUCCGGGCCGGCGUCAUCAAGCCAUCCGAGAGACAGGCCAAGUUCUAUGAGGGCAAGGUCAGCGGGGCUCGCGGUGGGCGUGGUAACUCUAGGGGCGGCAACGGCAACUUCAACAAGCGGGAGGGUGGUGACAAGAAAGACUUUGGAGGCAGGGGAGGUCGUGGUGGCCGUGGCCGGGGCCGUGACAAUGGUCGUGGCCGGGGUCGUGGUGCGCGGGGUGGUAGCCGUGGUGGCUUCCGAGGAGGUCAGCGUGAUGGCGAGAAGGAGGCUCCAAGGGAAGCCCCAAAGCCGUCCAACGGCAACGAUGUCAAGCCCAUGAUUCAUUCGAGCGCUCCCUCAACCAACGGCAAACGCGCAAGAGACUCUGAUUCUUCUGCCCAGGAGCCGCCUGCGAAAAAGGUCGACACUGGGUCGUCAUGAUUGCACCUAAGCAAAGAUUGGAACUUCCACUCUUGACCCGUCGGACAUGGCGCGAGCGCCCAAUCAAACACAUUUCUAAAUUACGCACCCUACGAUGUAUUUUAUGAGUCAUGGCGUUGGCAUGAAUUGGUAUACAGGGAAAUAUCCUUAGUGCGGAGGCCUAUAUGUGGCCCUCCUACAAGACGACCUCGAUAGAGAUAACGUUCCGUAUUCUGCUUAUCGAGUACCUAUAAAAUAGCCUUGAUUAUUGAUCCCAAGGCACGUACGUGUACCUGCAG